AAAUUCAAUAGGCGCACACUCCCACGAAGCCACGGAUCACACGGGUUCACAUGUUCCACAGUUCUGUUGCUCGGAAACUUUUCAUUCCACCUCAUAAACUCCACGGAGGAUGGAGAAGUCACACAACUUCACAACGCCCCAAGUUCUUCCCCUGCAGAGGGCUAAUGAUGCUUCCCAAACGGACAAAAGCUAUGGCAACGCAUACGUGUACAUUUUCAUAGUAAUCUCCUUCUAUGGAGUCUUCCUCGUUGGUAUAAUGCUGGGCUAUGUUCGCUCCAAAAGGCGGGAGAAGAGAAGGUCGAACGUUUUUACGCGCCUGGUGCACGAGGAGGAGCAGCGGGAAUGGGGCGCGCUGAAAAAGAAGCACAGCAUCACUAUGACCUCCUUCCAGGUAUCGCUUCCCUUCUCCGCGGGGAGCCAGGAUGUCAAUGAAGGAAGAGUCCUGAGCUCCCCUCUGGCCUGCGCCCUGUUCUCCAUUGAACAAACCAGUGUCAGUUCACUGUGCUCCUCCGCCGACGCGCGCUUUGCCAUAGAGGAGGAGUCGGACAGCGGGACCGCGGAGGGACCGGACGAGACCCUGAAGGGCAGUUCUACUGACAACAGCGACGACUCCGCCGAGAUACAGAUACUCGGAGAGGAACUGUGACGCUCAGAACAGAUGAUGAGAGGGGAAAUAAACGCAAAAAACUGUAGACUUUCCAUCCCUCUACGUCAUAUAGGAAAUACGUGGAGAAAUUAAAGACUGGUAAAGUUUAGCUUGACAUAUGGAACAAUUGCUCUCUAACCAUCCGGUUCUGAGCAUUGAAACGUACCUGGAACCCACUUGAAAUAUAUUUUCUGUAACGAAAUCCUCUUAAGAUGUAGCCUAAUGAUUUCACUGUGCAGUGUUCAUAAUGUCUAUGUAGGUUUACUUGGGGUUGUUGUGUAAAUUGAAGAGAAGAAAAAAAAACAGUUGAAAAAAAGAAUGAUCUGUUUAAGAGAUUUAAGAGAUAUGGUUCUUCUUGACUCUUCUUGGGAAAAACAUUUUUUCUAAUUUUGAAAAAACUUUGUUGCAAUAUCUAGUUUUCUCCAAAAGGGGGCAGUGCUGCAGUAGUUUUCCACCACCUGUUGCUGGGGCACACCAGUAAUUUCAAUAGAAUCAACAUAACAUGGGGUUUACCGACCUGUCCUUGCAUUGUCUUAUUUGUUCUGAAGUGUUGACAUACUAAUUUAUAAAAUAAGAAGCAAUUUUUUC